UGAACAAGUGGUUUUUAAAUUAUUGCAUCUUGCAAUUUACACGUUGAUUAGAUAGUAUCAGAGGUGGAACAUGUGCUAAAAUUGUUCAAGUUAACAUACAUAAUCAUGACUUAGAACUGCAAUAAUCUUCUCACAAAAUUUACGUAUACGUAUUGUGACAUCUGCAAAUUUUGACAACUUGAUGCAGUCAAUUGAUGAUUACUCCUUCAAAUUAGCUUGGCAUAGCAAGAUACACGCUAAUCUUAUCGAGAGUUACAGUGAAAAGUUACAUGAAUCUGCGGCGAGCGUUAAGCAAUGAUAUUAAAACCCACGAAAUCUUCAGUCUACAGUCGAAAAUUUUAAAUUCGAGUGAACGAUGUCUAAUAUUAUCAAUAAUAUAAUCGACAGAAUAUUUGAAAAAUGGUUCAACGUUCAGAAAAAAACUUCAGAUGGGGUGCAAUCGGCCAAGGAUGCUAUGUUUCGAGGAGGAUUGAUUGUUAUAGUUGCAAUUCUUAUAGUUUGGAUUUCAAUAUUUUUGUACACAGCCUUCUACUAUGCUUACAUGCCAAGUAUGACAUAUGUCAGACCUGUGCACCUUCAAUUUAGGGCAUGUGAUCAAGAAAAGGGGGUGAAAGGAAUGUGCAGUUUUCCUUCAGCUUAUGUUCACAUCACCAACAAACAACAAGCAUUUAUGGUUGGUCAGCCGUACAAAGUAAACUUACAAUUAGAAAUGCCUGAAUCUCCUGCUAACAAAGAUCUAGGUAUGUUUAUGGUGUGUGCCCAAAUGCGUAGUCGAAAUGCAUACAUGGUUGCUCAUUCCUGUAGAUCAGCUAUGUUACACUAUCGCAGUGAUUUGUUGCAUACUCUGAAAACACUUACUUUCUCACCUAUGAUGAUAUUUGGAUCUGCUGAAGAAAAGCAAAAUGUUGUUCUGGAGCUUUUUGGUAACUUUGAAGAAGAUCAAAGUCAUCCAGCAACAGUCUUACAUAUUGAAAUUCAAUCACGUCAAAUUGAAUUUUAUUCAGCAUCGGUUGUCAUAAGAGCACAUUUAUCAGGCUUGCGAUACUUAAUGUUUCAUUGGCCCAUUUUGUCAGCCUUUAUUGGCAUUAGUACCAACUUGUUUUUCAUAGUACUCGUGUGCAUUUUAUCAUACCUACACUUUUCUACUGAUGAUGAAAAUAUGGAAGAAACAUUCAACUAUCUCAAAGCAGAAAUUGAAGAUGAAAAAGAUUCAAAAUUUACAGGGGACACUGGUGCUGAUACUUCAUCUACUGAAGAUGUAUCAUUAUUAGAUGAUGUAUCAAAAUUAAAAGCCGAAAAAAUUCCAUCAACAAUGGAACCAUUGGAGCCAAUUAUAAGUAAAACUAGUUAUGUAGAAGAAAUUUCUAAUUUAAUAGAAGAAUAGCCCUGAAAGACUAGGAAAGAUGAAUAACUCGACAUUUAUUUUUAUUUUUGAUGCAACUUUUGUGAUUAUAAAAUGCUACAAUGAAAACUAUUUCAUUCCAAAAGUUAUAAAUGUGAUCAACUUAGUGCCUUAAGAGUGGAGAGUUGAAACCAGAAUAUUGUUACAUUUAAUUGUUUAUUUUAUUUUUUUAGCUUAUUUUUUACUUGUAAAGGACGCCAAAGCCAAUGUACAUAAAUGUUAAAGUUUAAGCACAGUUCUCAUAAGUUUAAGCGAAUUAUACGCAAAAAAAUAUAGAAAAGAAUUUGUCUCGUUGUUCAUCAGAAACUUGCAGUUAUUUAAAAAGAAAAUUCUGUACAAAAUGCACAAUGCUGAAUAUAAAAAUGAUUGUUCUCUUCGUUCUCAAAGUUUAUUGAUGAUAUGAAAUUUAGGUCUAUAGAAAAGUAUUAGUUUAAGUUUUGAUAUUUUCUGUUAAU